AUAAGAAAUAAAUAAAAUAAAAACAACGUUAACUAUAUAAACAAAUCAAGUGAAUCGAUAUGUUACGAUCUGAAUACAUCAACGAAAAUCUUAAAACUGCGUUAAAGUAACAAAGCGGAAGUAAUAUAUAGUAACGGCGAAUCAAAUGACUCUGGUACUGAAUCUGAUGGCGACAUCUUAGAUGUGGAUCUUAAACAUUAUCGAUAUUUAGAGUUGGAUAUGGAAACUAGUUUUAGUUCCUACACCGAUGCGAACUCUCCAACCGAUACAAUUUGUUCAUCAGAAUCUUCUGCGAUGAUGUGUAAAUCCCACCUUCAGUAUGAUCAGCAUAGUUCCGAAGAAGAACUAGAGGUAAUAAAUGGACCUUCAUCGGUAGCCGCUGCAGAAGCUGCUGCCAGUAAUGUAUUAACUGUACGUGGUACAUCAUCGUUAAAAUCUGAACGCGGAUCAUCGUCACUAGAUCCCGAUGAGUUGCAGGGUGAAAUAGCAGCUUUAAAAAGGUCCAGUUCGACAUUGGUGGAAAAUCGUAAACGUUCAUUAGCACACAGUUCUGAUGACGAUUUGCGAAAUUUUUUGGAACCGAUAUUGACGCCUGUCAACUUUCGCACAUCACCGCCUUUGGAGGCUUUCAAGCCAAAUCGUAGCCACAUGUAUCGCUCGACUACGCCACUAAUUUUACAAGAGGCACGUUGCGGUAUUGAAAAUAUUAAGUUAUGUGAUAAUAGUGUUAAUGAUGAAAACGGUGGAGAGGGAGGAGGUAGUGUUGGAGGUAGCAACAACGGUGACACUUCCUGUGCCAUGGGCACCGAGGAGGAGAACACCGAAAAUGAUGAGGGCACAGCCAGCAGCAUUAUAAAAAUGAAGAUGAGCAACUCAACGAGCAGCCAUCAUAUUUAUCAACCUCAAGCCAAGCAUACUUUUCAUUUUAAUAGUUCGCGCAGCAGUCCUGCCUCCACGACUGGUCUCGAUGUCGAGGUAAGAUCGGUUAGUCCACCGGCGAAACUCUUCCAUUGUGCAAUAUCACCCCGACGCCGACCCAUGCGCACACAACACAAUUCACAACGGUUACAAAGACCGCACAGGCCAUGUUUAGAUUUCGAUAAAAUGCAGCAGGUUAGUUUGUAAUGUAGCGCCAAAUCAAACAGAACUAAAUUAUACAAAAAGAAGUCUAUCAUCACCUAUGACAACAAUACCAUCAUCACCAACAAUAUCAUCGCCAUCACUACCACUACUACCACCACCACCACCAACAACAACAAUAACACAACCAACAUCAUCUCAGCGUCUGCAACUAAGUUUCCAACUGCAACACUAACCAGUGAUUGUUGCAUACCUAAAAGCAUCACAAGAUGAAACAACCUUCAUCAUCAUCGUCAGCAGCAGCAAUUUUUCAACUUUUUCCAGCAGUCGUCCUACGUUCUUCGUACGUCAUUUUAGAGGUUGGUGUGUUUUUGAUACAAACUGUAACUUCUUUAAAUAGCAAUGACUCUCUCUAUCCAUCUCUCUCUCUCUCCCCCUCUGUUUCAAAAAAAAAAAAAUCCCACACCCACUCAAAAACAUACUCACUCAUACAUCACACAUAUAAAUAAAUAUAUAAAUAAAUAAAUAUAUGUAUUUAUAUGUAUAUGAAUAUUAAAAACAAAAUCAGUUUAACUAAUAUUACUAGGUAAUAUUGUAUAAGUUAAAAACAAAUACAAAUAUAACAACAAAAACAUCAACAACAAAA